ACGUUGAAGGAAAAAAGAAGAAGAAACAAAAGAAGUAGAGCUGUGGUAAAAAAGUGCAGCCAGCGCCCCCCAGAGCAAUACAACCGUUUUACCCACAAUUCCGUGUGCUGCUUGCCUUGGAGAUGCUGUGACCAACAUGGCGGAGCCAACGGUGGAAAUUGUUGAAGGCUGCCGUCUUCCGGUGCUGCGAAAAAACCAAGAAAAUGAAGACGAGUGGCCAUUGGCUGAAAUUCUUAGUGUCAAAGACAUUCCUGGCAGAAAACUCUACUAUGUCCACUAUAUUGACUUCAAUAAGCGACUGGAUGAAUGGGUGACUCCAGAUCGGCUAGACUUGAAGAAGCUCCAAUUUCCCAAAAAGGAGGCAAAGACCCCUACAAAGAAUGGCCUGCCGGGGUCUCGUCCCAGCUCCCCAGAAAGAGAAGUGAGGAAGAGUCUAGAUCUCAACGUUCAGUCUGCUUCAGCUCCUUCAAGAGGCAAAACCCUCCCCACACCGAAGAGAAAAGCAGAGUCUGUCUCUUUGGCUACACAAGUUACAGCAGCGACUCCAGUGCCUUCACUUCCCAGCUCUGCAGAGGCAAGUCAGGCCUCAGUGUAUCCCGCCAUGAGAGACUCUUCAUUCAGCAUUAAAGCCAGAGAAGAACACGAGCAGCUCACAUCUCUCACCACAAAUGGCACCACACGUCGUCUAAUUCCUUCUCAACCAGGAAGAAAAAGGAAAAAUUGUGUAGGGACGGAAGAGAUUGUAAAGGUGUUCCAGAAUAACAGCCCCCGCUCCUCCACCGUCUAUUUGCCACCAGGAGAGGAUUCUCAGGACAGUUCUGAUGGUAUUCCCUCUGCUCCCCGCAUGACUGGUAGUUUGGUGUCGGACCGCAGUCACGAUGACAUCAUCACUCGAAUGAAGAACAUAGACUGUAUUGAGCUGGGCAGGCACAGGCUAAAGCCGUGGUACUUUUCUCCAUAUCCACAGGAGCUUACUACGCUUCCCAUCCUGUAUCUAUGUGAAUUCUGUCUCAAGUACCUCAAGAGCCUCAAGUGUCUCCAGAGGCACCUGGUAAGAGCUGUUCUAGGACCAGAUGUAACACAUUCACAGCACCAAAUAAAGACUAAAUGCAAUCUUCGACACCCACCAGGAAAUGAAAUCUAUCGCAAAGGAACGAUAUCCUUUUUCGAAAUAGAUGGUCGCAAAAACAAGAUGUAUUCCCAAAAUUUGUGUUUAUUGGCCAAAUGCUUCCUGGACCACAAGACUCUCUACUACGACACGGAUCCUUUCCUCUUCUAUGUAAUGACAGAGUAUGACUCUAAGGGUUUCCACAUAGUCGGCUACUUCUCCAAGGAAAAGGAAUCAACAGAGGACUAUAACGUGGCCUGCAUUUUGACUUUACCACCUUACCAGAGAAGAGGCUAUGGAAAACUUCUAAUUGAGUUUAGUUAUGAGCUCUCUAAAGUGGAAGGAAAAACUGGUACUCCAGAGAAGCCUUUGUCUGAUCUGGGUCUGCUCUCUUACCGUUCAUACUGGUCACAGACAAUACUGGAGAUCCUUAUGAACCUCAAAUCAGAGAAUGGAGAACGACCACAGAUGACCAUCAAUGAAAUCAGUGAGAUCACCAGCGUCAAGAAGGAAGAUGUUAUAUCGACUCUUCAAUACCUCAAUCUCAUCAAUUAUUAUAAGGGUCAGUAUAUUCUCACUCUAUCAGAGGACAUAGUGGAAGGCCAUGAGCGGGCCAUGCAUAAGCGGCACCUCCGAAUCGACUCCAAGUGUUUGCAUUUCACUCCUAAAGACUGGAGCAAGAGGGGCAAGUGGUAAACUUUAGGGUCAAAUUCAUGUCAAUCUUGUCAAAAGAUCUUCCUAAAUACGAAAAUGUAUGGUCAGUGCCAUAAAAACACAACCACAACAGCAUUUACAUGUUGUUUCCCACCGUUUGUGAAUCAUAUUCAAUUUCCAAGGAGAGCUGCUGAAGCGGAGAUCAAUGAGGACUGGACGCUAAUGUGUCCCUCUAUGUGCGAUACUCUACUGACUCAAGAACAAGAAGUGAGCGUAUGUCGAUUUUGAGACUUGAUAUUAAAUCAAAGCUACACACUUCAGUUACUUUUGUAAUCAUACAUGUUUUUCCAGCCCCAAAAAAAACCUGCUGGAAACACGUUUUUAACCAUAUCAUAACCACUCGAGUCAGUUCUCACAAACAAGCAGCCUUUGAUAUAAACAGCAUAUUUUUAACAACUGCUUGUGCUGACUGUUGAACUUCCAUCUUCCUGACAGAAGAAAAAAUUGUUGAAUUGCACAAAUGUUUACCCCCUUUUUUUUUGUUCAACCUCGCUGCAACUUUGUCGGUUGUGUUGUCAGAAGUCAGCAGACAUACCGUACACAUAAAAAAUGAAUAAGAUAAUGCUGCUUUGUUGUCGUGUUUAGCGGAUUAUGUGAAUGGACUUUACAUUGUCAUUGUGUCUGUACAUAAUUUACUACAUUUAAAGUAAAUGUCUUUUCUACAUUGUAUUUUUUCCAUGGGUUUUUGGAUUCCUCAUCUUUUUGUUUAGUUUUUUUGUAACGAAUGUUAACCAGCAAACACUCUCCACAGCUUCUGUUUUAGGUUAAAUAAAAAUACAAAUGGUCAAUUUAA